AUGCUCUUGCAUCCUCUGAGAAAAUUGACGGUCACGAAAAUCUUGUACAUCAUAGCUGAAAAAAGAGCGGAAAAAUGCAGUUACGGUUUGAUAUCGGGUAUAUUGAAUAAUUAUUUCGGAGGAAUCGAAGAAUUGGAUGACAACACGGCGGUUCAGGGUCACGAGGAUGAUUUGGCGAUGAUUCCACCACCCCACGAUAAUGGAGAAGAGAUUUCGGAGAGUAAGCAAGAGGAAAAUAAGGAAGACGGGAAUUUAAAAAAAUUUUUAAAGGCUCAAAAUUCAGUUUCGAGUAAUACGAGCGUUGAAAUUUACAGAGCUUUGACGAAACACUUGGAACAAAAAACAAAAGACAAUGAAAUUACCCUAAGUCAACCGUUGGAAGCCCUGUGGCGGUGUGAAGAAAGACACGCGAGAGGACAUUUGAUUCUAUGUGCGAGAGUAGCUCCAAAUCUUUUAGGAAGUUAUUCUAUUACAUCUGCCAAAACGUCUGGUAAUUUAAGACCUAAAAGCAUUGUUAAAAAUAAAUUGACAAAUUAUUAUCAACAAGUGAUUUGGGGAGAAGUCGGAGGAUAUUUAGAUCACAUUCUUCUCUGGUGGAGUUCGGAUCCUUUGGGAAGUUUUCCACCUUCCACGUCACAAGGUUUACGAGAUUAUAUAUCCGAAGUGAAAUCGACAGAUUACAUUCCGAAUCUUUUACUACCGACCGUUCUUAAUCUCAUGGAGUCGUUAUGCUGUCAUCAAACAUCCACAUCAUGGGAUCAAUUUUUUAGAAAAGCUCUCGUGUCUUCUCGUUCGAUUAAAAAUGAUUAUUACAAAACAUACGGAAUUCAAGGUUCGGCAACCGGACAAUUAUUUGUUGAAAUGUUGAGCGAUUUAAUAAAGCUGAAUAAUUCCUGUGAAAAUCCGUAUGUGAGCAUAGAAGAACUUCCUCUGGUCGAACAGAUACCCAUUUUACAUCGUUUGGAUCAUUCUGUUCACACGGUCAGAAUGUGGGUAUCGGAUAGAUGUAAAAAUCUUGCUGCCAAUUGGGAUUUGGAUGGUUUUUACAGCUCUUGUUUUACUGACAUAAACAAAUGCCUUCAAAUAUUGAGCACUCUUGAGGUUCCAUCAUUCUUCUCCUUAUUUCCAAUCCGGGUCAACGUUCAAGUAACCGUCUGCAUUAAAAUGAGAGGAAAAUUAGUAUCGGAAAUCCGUGAAAACGUUGACAAAUUGAAAAAAACUUCAAACGAAUGCAUAAAAGUCUUGGCUAAAAAUUGCAGAGUUCAGUGUUUGGCAACGUUACACAUGUGCUUUCCAAAAUCAACCUACUGGAAGCAAAACGGUCCUCUUCCAGAUUGUGCAAGUGAUUAUGUUGAAAAAUAUUUGGGUAAAAUGAUCCUGCCCUUUUUUUCAAACGAAAUUCAAUUAUCAUCCAGCACAAUGAUUUUACGAAUCCUUUGCGAAUCCUGGCUCGAAUACGUCUACUUAAAUCGUAUUAAAUUUAGCGAGUGGGGUGCUGUCCAGCUACUGACUGAUUUUGGAGCCAUACCCACGUGGCUCAUGGAAAGAACUCAAUUACCAAAAGAACUCUUGAAUUCAUGUGAAGGUGUUGGUCGAUUACUCCUUCGACGACGUGGUGAAUCAAUUAAAAUGACAGUUUCAUCAUCAAUUUCAAAAUCGUCAAAUGACGAAUCAUCAACGGAUAACAUGCCGGCUGAAAUGUACGUUCCCAAUCAAGAACAAUGGCUGGAAUUAAGGGCUCCAAUGGGAGCUAAAAUUUGUUGCCAAUUAUAA